AUGGGAUUAGAUCAUCCAGCUUUCACUUUGUCCGGACUUUGUGCCGUUGGCGGUUUGAUGGGUUACUUCCGUAAAGGUUCAGUACCAUCUUUAGUUGCAGGUUUGGGAGUUUCGGCAUUGUACGGAGUUUCGGGCUACUUGUUGAACCAAAACGCCAACUACGGGCUUGAAUUGGCAUUAGGUACUAGUUCUUUAUUAUUUGCUGCUGGUUUAUCUAGGUCUGCUUCAACUGGCUUCAAGAAACCAAUUCCGCUUGCAUUGGUAUUUUUGGGUGGGUUAUCAACUGGAUAUUAUUUGAAAAAAUACGACGAGUUUUAUCCUAUUUUUGGAUAA